AUCGACAAAGCAAACGAAAAAGUGGUGCAUCUGCACCGGCUGAAGGUGAGCAACAGCUUCCUGACCGACGCGAGCCAGGGCCGGCGCGGCCGCGUGGUGAACGAUCUGUACCGCUACAAGCCGCUCAGCCCCGGCGCCGUGGUGCGCAACGCGCUGGCGCACGUGGGCGCCAAGGAGCGCGAGCUGAGCUGGCGCAACUCGGAGAGCUUCGCCGCCUGGUGCCGCUACGGCAAGCGCGAGUUCAAGAUCGGCGGCGAGCUGCGCAUCGGCAAGCAGCCCUACCGGCUGCAGAUCCAGCUCUCUGCCCAGCGCAGCCACACGCUCGAGUUCCAGAGCCUGGAGGACCUGAUCAUGGAGAAGCGGCGCAACGACCAGAUCGGGCGGGCGGCUGUGCUGCAGGAGCUCGCCAUGCACCUGCACCCGACCGAGCCAGAAGAGGGCGACAGCGACGCUGCACGGACUAAGCCGCCUCUCGAGCGCCCCCCUGAGCCCUGCUGGGAGGAGGAGGACCGAGAGGCGGUGGUGCACUGAUGGGCCAGCUGAAGGCAGAUUUGUGAGAGGAAGCUGUUGCCAGCAGCUGCUGCCCCCUCUCUCCAUUCCUCUACCAUCACCUUCUGGGCCGCAUCUGGGCUCCUGGGCCAUUUGGAAAAUAGAGAGUUGGCGAAAGGCGCAGCCAGCUGUGGCUUGAGCUUGUUAUCUUGACAGAGGAGGAAGAGGGUGCAGGUAGGAAGAAAACUUUGGUUGGGGGCACGGCCUGCCCACUCCUGCAAUCUGUCUCCUUUCUGAGGUGGGGCAAAUUGUGGGCAUGCCUGGCACUAAGUCCCUUCUGGACCUGGGUCCCAAAUCGACCCUUUUUAUGCACACAGGGGUGGAGAAAAAUUCGGAGUACCAAGGCCUGCCAUUGCCUCCUACCCGCUUACCCCUACUCUGUGCUAAGGCCAGAGUGGGGUUGGGGCCUGAAGACAGCCCCAUAUCCUCUAUCCCUGUGGAGCUGUGUGUGGGAUCCAGCAGGCUGAGUGAUUUAUUUUCUGGGCCUCCUGGGAGGCAAGCCUGGAGAAACCAGGACCAGGUCUGGGAGCAACAGACCCAAACCGAGCAGCUGCCUGUGAAGUGGAACAAAAUGUCCAGUGAACUUGGGCUACAAAACAAAGAGUUUGCUACCUCCCUCCUCCGGGUCCCCAAGUAAUUCAUCUUCUGGAGCUGGCUGAGUCUCCUACCCCCUCCUGCUCCACCAGCCACUUCCCAGGUUAUAAGUAAAUCAUUGUCAUGGGCCAGCUAGGGGAAGGAUUCAAUUAUGGUUCUGUUUGGCCGCCUUUGUUUCUAGCCUGCUAUUGUAGGCAUUUACAGCUGUGUUAUUUGUUAUCAAAGGAGGGAAUAGCCUUUUGUGUCUCUGAUCUAAUUAAACCUGCUCGGCUGUGUUCAUCCGCAGGUCGCACAUGGGAUUGGCUGGUGCCACCCCAUAAAGUAUCCACUACAGAAGCAGCCAAACAGGUUUGUCCUGGUAGGAAUUAGUCACUCCCACUGAACCCCAUUCCUGAACAAUGAAGGUAACCUUUUUAAAACGUAAGGCUUUCAUGGUGGUCCUGUGAAUUUUAAUUUUCCCUUCUCAUUUUUGUUCUUCUGCUGUUAAAAUCUUAGGCCUGAGGCCUACUUCAGUGAUAAGGUAUUUAUUUUGGUAGCGACACUUGAUGCACACUUAAUUCAAAAGAUGUGCAGAGUCUUGUUAUAUGGAAGCAGUCUCCUUGGUGCUUGGAGGACACCCUUCAGAAUGCUUUCUCCAGAGAGCUGAGGGCAAUCACAAAUGCCAGGUGGUGUAGUCAGUGCCAAAUCUGGCGACACUCCUAAAGCACUGGUUCCUGCUUGUGGGAUCUGUUGGCAGCAGGCUGGCUAAUACCAGUUGAAUCUCCUGCUGAGCUAUAGUUUGCUUUAUUAUGAGGCUUUAAACAUUUUUUACAACCUG